AUGGGGAGACGACCCCUUGCGGUAAGCCGGAAGAUACGCAGCCAAACCACGCUUGGAGUCGCGAUUUUGACCGACCUUUGCGCUGUCCAUGGGUGGACCUUCAACCACGGCUUCGGGAGCCGCCGCAAUCGCCUGAUGGACUUGCCUGAUGGCGACAUAUACAGCGCUGUGCACAGCGUGCUCAUGAAUGCCGAGGGCAAUGGGUUGAAGGAUAUCCUCGGCCAGGAAUUUAUCGGAAGCCUGUUGCAGCAGGAGACGACGGCAUCGGGCCCAGAAGAGCCGCCUGGAUACAUGAAAAGUACAAGAAAAGAGCACGAGCAUGAACCCAGAGUGUCUGGUCCAGUACUGGAUCGACCGUAUUCUGCAUCCUUGGCCGGUGCUUUGGACUACUGCAUUCGUGAAGGCCACUUUCAACGGCCUCCUCUACCGCAAAACGACGGCCUCACCAGCCUUUUGGUAGAAGACGACCAAGAGAUUGUGCGGUGGCAGGAGUGCGUGCAAAGUUGCGGAACGCAGAAUUUAAUCUUUGCCUUUUCAUGCCUUGGGCGGCGUGGAGUUCGUCUGGCACUGGGGCAGCGGUGGACAGCAGGGAGCUGCGACAUGCUCCCGCCCUCUCGCAAGGAGCUCAUCCAAGCGUUCAGUGCCCUCAACAGAGACGAUGCCUCCGAGAGCGAGACCGACAGUGCCCCUGGCAUGGCAGAGGUGGAGGACGAAGCCCAGGCGCUGAGGUCGCAGAUCAAGACGCUCGCCGAGCAGGGAAGGCACGCGGAGAUCGACGUGGCCAUUUCCAGAAUGAAGCAGCUGACGAAGAUGAAGCGCGAGCUCCUGCAACGUCCUUCCCUGCUGAGUGUGGGUGCCCGAGCGUUGGCCAAGCACGCACACCGUGGCAUGGAGGGCUUCUGGGCUGGCGCAGCUUCCGGAAGCGACGCAGUGAAGAACCAUUCCGCAGAGACUGCUCUGCGCACAGUCCUGCAGGAGGCUGUCUGGGGCAAUCUUCAUCAAUUGCCGGGGGGCCUCCCCACCUUUGAGGUACGGGUCAAACAAGGAUACGGAGCUCGUUGGACUGUCUCGGAGGACGGAUCAACCAAGUUUCGAGGUCUUUUGGAGCCCAUGAUGGAAGACGGGCACGAAAAGCGCUGGCGGCACGACCUGGUGACGAAGUGA